CAAAAAGGGUAAAACGAAUUCACUGACAUAACACAGAGAGGUGCCGUCACAAAGCAACGGUGUAACGUGCAGCGACGUUCAGUCAUUUAAAUCAUAAUCGGGCUGUAACUUGGUGACCAUGAGAGUCUUAAUAGGAGGGGGAUCUGGCUUUGUGGGCCGUGAGCUGACUCGUCUGCUCAGAGACAAAGGUCACGAGGUCACCGUGAUAUCCCGCCAGCCUGGUCCAGGGAAUAUAACCUGGGGUGAGUUGGAGUCUCAUGGGCUCCCACCAUGUGAGGGCGCCGUCAACUUGGCUGGAGAGAAUCUCAUGAACCCACUGCGAUGGUGGAACGAAAGCUAUAAAAAAGAUUUGUUCUCCAGUCGCAUUGAUACUACAAAAGCUCUUGCUCAAGCAAUUGCUGCUUCCCCGAGUCCUCCUCACUCCUGGGUGCUGGUAUCAGGUGUAGCUUGUUACAAACCCAGUCUGACAGCACAGUAUACAGAAGACAGUGAAUGGACACCAUUUGACCUCCUCUCCAAACUUGUCAAAGAGUGGGAGGCCUCAGCACUUCUGCCAGAGAAUGUGGCAAAAACCACCAAACAAGUUGUAAUCCGGCCUGGGGCAGUGCUGGGUCGCGAUGGUGGUGCCAUGAAGCAAAUGCUGCUUCCCUUCUGGCUCGGCCUUGGGGGCACUCUGGGGUCAGGAAGACAGCCGUUCCCUUGGAUCCAUGUCUCGGACCUGGCAGGAAUCAUCGCCCACGCCCUGGAGCCCCCUACCAACACUCCCUCUCCUACACCACAAGUGUUUAAUGGAGUUGCACCUGCGCUGAACACCAACUAUGAGUUCACUAAAGAACUGGGCCGGGUUCUGAGGCGGCCCACCAUUUUUCCUGUGCCAGGCUUCGUCAUGAACGCCCUGAUGGGCUCUGAGAGGGCUGUAGUCCUCACACAGGGACAGAAAGUCAUACCAAAGAGGACUUUAGAGUCUGGAUUUCAGUACAAGUACCCGGACUUGACCUCAGCUCUGAAGGAGGUUGUUGGGAGCUAACAGAUUUUGGAUGAAUGUGUUCUGGCUUAAAAAUGUAUGUAGUGAUGCCUUCAUAUUUACUGUAUCAUAUUUGAAGAGAAUAUAAACAAAAACUGAAUGACAACUGAA